AUGAAGGGAGGCUCGGAGACUAGCGCUUUGGCGGCAUUAAAACCGUAUUUGGAAUCAGUCUUCUCAAUUGAGGCUGAAAAACCUUUCCCCAAUUGUAAGGUUGGAAUCCGCGUAACCAAAUCCAACAGAUGGAAAGUCUUUUAUGUCAGCCAAAUCAGGGAAGAUUCAAUAUUUGUCAACACGAAACUCAAGACGGGAGACGUCCUCGUCACCAUCAAUGGAAAACCUUGCCCGGAUACCCUACAACAUGUUUUGGGGAUGUUGGGAAGCAUCACUGGCCCUGUCAAGCUUACGGCAGCCGCCACCAAGCGUGCCUUUGAUAUCGAGGACGACGAUGAAGAAAAAGGCGAAGAGAAAGGUGAGGUAACCAGCCGAAGGUUGACUACGUUUGAAGUUACGAAAAAGAAAAAGUCAGACAAGCUUGGCUUUACAGUGGACACUUCGAGAUUCAAGAAUCCCGAUGGUUCCAAUCAACUAAUUGUUACAAGAGUUCAGCGAGGUGGCAGCUUUCCCGAUCUCAAAAGCGGGUCCAUCCUCCUUUCCGUCAAUGGAAAACGCGCUACUGACUACAAGAAAACUGUGAAGCAAUUAAGGUCAUCGAGAUCUCUGAACAUAGCUGUGGAGGAACCCUUGUGUCCCAGCCUCAUGGGACAGGACCAACGGUCCAUCAUGUUUGGCAAACGGCAUAUCAAAAUCGAGACACCUCCCAAAGGCGUCAUUAUCAUUUGGUUUUUGAUUGCAGUGGAAUUGCUUUUUGAUCUUGUUACAACUUCCUUUGCAUUCAAGGCUUUUUUUGAAGAAUCGAGGACCUGCUGUGGAGAAAAAAUCGACAGUGGUGCUAUUCCACUAGCUACUGCACUCCCAUUUGCCUUAUUAGUUGUUGCCGAACUGGGCUUUUUGCUGCGGGCAAUGAGACUCACUAUGUGGCCUCCUACCGUUUCAGAAGAAGAAUUGGAUCCAAAUCGAUCAUGUAUUUCUAAGCUGUUCUUUGGCAGUAACCCUGGUAUUGUGAUAUUUGUCAUUAAUUUUUUGACCGUCAUCAAUCCUUUCUUUGGAUUCAUCAUUGCAUGGAUGCUGAUUUAUCAGUCCGAUGAACAAGAAGCAUACUUUGUUGUUGGAAUGGAGAGCAUUGCAGUUAUAUUGCAUUUUAUCUCAGUUCAUUACGAGGGGCAAGCAAGAACCAUCGUGGGAAAACUCAUACACUCACUUGUCAUUAUUCCCUUCUUGGCCACUGGGGUAUUGCUUUCGUGGUUUUUGCAAGUAAAGGGAAUCUGUUACAACUCAGAAGUGAACCUGUUCUGGUUUGAGGGUUGUGAAGUUUGUCCGACUGGAGUGCCACCAGAAAAUGGACUCUGUCCCAUCAUUGAGACUUCGAAUGGGACAAACACAACUGUGGGAUACGAACAGUACUAUCUUUGGGAGUUGGAGCAAACAAACUAUUGUGAUGGGGAAUUCCGAAUGUGUUUUUUCCCGUCGGACUAA